ACAAUAAAGUAUGAUAUAUUUUGCGGUGACUAAACUCCGGGGUUUGCUUUGUCUGGAGAUUACCCAUCCGAAACUUGGGCCGAGUAAGUUACUCGACAUUUUCCAACUUCUCCGCUGAUGGGCAUUCUGCUCCCCUGUCUUUUUACAUCCCACCAGUCUUCCGCGAAGGAAAAAAGAAAAGAAAAGAAAAAAAAGGAAAGGGAGAAAAAGAAAACACCUUCUCGUACAGGUACUGUAUGAAUAAAGAAUCUAAAAAGAGCUCUGCAGGCACUCCCCGUACUCAUUCUUCAUUGCUUCCUUGACAAUCGCCCCGCAGAGCCUAGCGUAGGGAUUCGUCCGAACCGCCAUUUCCCUAGCAAUACCAUUCCCGUAACGACCACCUUCGAAGAAGUCCCUAGAAGCCGCUCCCUCCAUAUCCUCGCUUCCGCCUUGCUUAAACAUGGAGUAAUAGAUCGUUGCCCGUUGUGUAUAAGCCUGGCUCAAUAUCUUUGCCUGCGAGGGGGAGAGCGGUGAGAUGGGUGUCGAGGGGGAGGAUAGUUUGAUCGCCUCGUUUAGGUGGGGGAGGAUCUCGGUUGCGGGCGCCGAGAGCAUUCGGAGGACCUGUGCGAGAUUGUUGUGUGCUGAUGCGUAUGUUGGGUGCGCGAUUGUCAGCUCCUCCAGGAGCUUGCGGGAUUCUGGUAGAGAUGUGGGAGAGGAUUCCGCGAGCGUGAUUGCUUCCAGCUCCGUUUGCUUGAGGGUCUGAAGAAGGUGGGGGGGAGUGUGCGGAUCACUUGGAAGCGAGGGGUCUAUGCUGGGGGAAGCGGAUGUUGGGGCAGACUCUGGGUCGAAGAGCUGUGUGAGAACGGUAGAGUCGUUGAUUGUGAGUGCAGACAUGGAGGUGUAUCGGAGAGCGUAUGGGAAACUGAGAAGACUGAUGUGCGAUGAGGGAUUUCGUGGAAAGGGGCCGAGUGAGGUUAUGAAGUAGGGUGAUGGUCCAGGGUUUUUCUUUAGGGAGAGAGGGUGAUAGUGCUUCGCAGGAUAAGGGAAAGCUCCUGCUUUCAUAUUCCCAUGUUAUUCCAGGGUCACCAUGCUUCCGUGGCUUCUUUGGGGGAAGGAGGGGCGUGGUGGGCCAGCGAGAAAAGCAGGGCCUUCCCUAGCCGUCAAUCACUAACCGCAUUCUUGCGUGUGACCGCGGCCACCCGUUCCUAAGCGAGUGAAUCCGGAAGCUACCAGAAUUGUAUAAUUCUCCGGCCUACCAAACCGCCAUCCAUUGGAACACUUACGAGAUAGAAGGAAGAACCAUGAUGUGAGAGGAGGGGGGAUAAGCUGCCGUGGAAAGUAUCCGGUCUGCCCUGGGGUGGAUUUUCUGUUUGUGGAAGAAGGUGGUGGUGGAUAUAAAUCCUUUGAUCCCACCGACUUUCCUUUCUUCUACGAAUGAGAGUUAAAGCUCCAUCAUCAUCUAUCACGUCGUUUAUCCUUGCCUGUUUGCAAAAAUAUCGGCAGGACUCUCUCUCUCUCUCUCUCCCUCUCUCUAUAUCUACCAUCUACCUAUCUACCUGCCCAACUAUAUACCUGCCCAACUAUCCAUCCUGAAUAGAAUUGAUAAUCAGGAACUAAAAUAAACAACAUAACAUGGCUCCAUCUGUCCUCUCUUCCUCACCACCGGGUCCGACUGUCCUGGCUUCCAAUGGUCGGGCACUACCCCUAGACGGCGUGCAAUCACCGGCCGCCGCUUUGGUGACGACGGGUUAUAGAGGCUACGACCACGUACACUGGUAUAGACAGCCCCGUCCUCUCACACGCCCCUAGGAAUUUCGGAUACUGAACGGGAAACAAAAUACAGGUAUGUCGGCAAUGCCAAACAAGCAGCAUCAUACUACAUCACCCGAAUGGGCUUCCGACCCCUCGCCCACAGGGGCUUAGAAACCGGUUCUAGGGUCCUGGCUUCGCACGUAGUAUCCAACGGGGAUGUCACCUUCGUCCUCACAUCACCCCUUCGCUCGCCUUCGACACCAGGACUUGCGGCUGCAGACGUAGCACUGCUGAAGGAGAUCCACGAGCAUCUCUCCGUGCACGGGGACGCGGUCAAGGAUGUUGCCUUCGAAGUGGAUGAUGUCAGAGAGGUCUAUGGGAGAGCUGUGGGGAACGGCGCUCGAGGGAUCAAGGCUCCUGAGGUUUUGAGCGAUGCGGACGGGGAGGUGAUUGUUGCUACUGUGGAGACUUAUGGGGAUACCACGCACACACUGAUUCAACGGGGAGGAUAUUCCGGCGCGUUCAUGCCUGGGUUUCGACAAACUGUUUCUUGCCAGGAUCCUCUGGACAAUGUCUUGCCAGCAGUUCACUUGGAUGCUAUCGAUCAUUGCGUUGGUAACCAGGAUUGGGAUGAGAUGGACGCCGCCUGCGACUAGUACGUUCCACCUCCCUUCUCUCUAUUCCUUCUUAACAGCACCUAACAACCCAAGCAGCUAUGAGAAAGCCCUCGGCUUCCACCGCUUCUGGUCAAUCGACGACAAGAGUGUUUGCACGGAAUACUCGGCGCUGAGAUCCGUCGUCAUGGCCUCUCCCAACGAAAUCGUGAAAAUGCCCAUCAACGAGCCCGCCCACGGAAAACGCAAGAGUCAGAUCGAGGAAUACGUCGACUUCUACUCGGGGUCGGGCGUUCAACACAUCGCUCUACGAACCUCAAACAUCAUCACCGCCGUGACGAAUCUGAGGGCGCGCGGGGUUGAGUUCAUCACGAUUCCCGACUCGUAUUACAAGCAGAUGAAUUUGCGGCUCAGCAAGAGCAGCGUGCGCGUCAAGGAGGAUACGGAAUCACUCAAGGAGUUGGGCAUUCUCAUCGACUUUGACGAGAACGGAUACCUUUUGCAGAUCUUCACUAAGCCCUUGAUGGACCGGCCGACGGUGUUUAUUGAGAUUAUUCAGAGAUGUAAUUUCGAUGGGUUUGGUGCUGGGAAUUUCAAGAGUCUUUUUGAGGCCAUUGAAAGGGAACAGGCUGAGCGCGGCAAUUUGUAAAUACAUUUUCACUCUUUUUUCCCUCUGCAUUUCUCUCUCUCUCUGUUUUUUUGGGGGGAGGGGCUAUCAUACAAGGUUUUUUGGUGUAGAGAUUUAGGCAGUAUAAGUGGGUUUGCUCGGGUUCUUCGCCUUUUCUCUGUUGGGGAUUUUUUUUCUUUUCUUCUGGGGCUUUCAUUUCAUAUUGCGUAUAAUUGUGAUGUGGAUGAUCUAGUAUCAUGUUGUGAAUUACCGCAAAUUUACUCGCACAUGCUCCCCAAUGGUGGCUUGAAUCGCAACUGGGAAAGUCUAUCGCCUGCCGGCGCAAAACACGAGGUGGCAUUAUUCUAGAAGCGGGUUGGGCUGUUGCACCCCCAGGCACCUGAUGAGUACCCGCCAAUAUAGAACAUGAAGACGGCACCAGCGCAGCAUAGUACAGUAUUUGUCCGGCGGCUAUCAUCUCCAACCAUAUUAUACUUUCCAGCACCCAAUUACCCCGACCCAGGCUAUGCCAUGGACUGAUGAUACAUGCAGAUUCCGGACCUUCCAAAUAUAGUAUACGUAUCCACUCUCACUACAGCGAUUAUUCGGAAAGAUAGUCUAUGACCGCUGCUC